AUGUAUCUCGCCGAAUAUCUACCGAGAUUGAAGCAGGUUUCAGUCAAAGUAGAAGUUGGCACAUCCGAAUCGAUAGAAGCGGUUUCAUUGGCUGAAAAUGUGCUACUAAUCCGCACUCCAACUUCAACCGUCGAGGUACCGCUACCUGUAUCCCACACAGCUUCCACUAAACCUACUGGUUAUUCUUUUCACGAUGGGGUUCUUUCUAUGACAUUCUCAACUGCUUCAGACACCAAGGGAAGCUCUACUUUCAUGGAAUUAGCUCGCUCGAACGCUCAGCUUUGGUCUGUCAGCGAUCUCGUGGCGAAAACUCCAAGAGACUCCAAGAAUGUGAAUAUAUUUCAGUUUUGCUGCUCCAAUUGUCACGCAGUGAUAAUCGAUUCCAAAUCUCUCAAAUUCAUCGACAUGCCUUCGGAGUUUUGGCAAGAGAUGAUGGACUUUUGGCAUUGCCAUAAACCCCACGAACACCACCAUAAUGAGAACGAUAAAAACUACAACGGAAAAAUUCAGCCUCUGCAAAAUCAGGUCUACAUCGGGUCUUAUUACCUCCUACUUAGUGGGCAGUCAGAGAAAUGUGAAAAGUGUGGAUCGUCUUUGGGAAUAGUAGAACAGGGAUCGACCAAACUCUAUAAAUGGCGCUUGAAUUUAUGCUAUAAAGAGACAAGGGAAACAUACCCCCCUUUUGCAGCAAUUUUUUAUUUGAUCCUAGACAAAGUUAACUCAUCGGCCAUCCGGAAAUUCACAUUCGAAACCAAAUCUGCUUCCACCAAUAUUUGGGUGCUCAAUUUGGGCUUAUCGGUUUCUGUCGCAGAAGUACCUGUCUUGGAAAAUGCCUUAAAAAUAUUUUACAUCGAGAAUCCAGCAGAGACUGAAGAUGAAGUGGUCGAGGUACCGGAAGAAGUUUAUGCGUCGUUUAUUACCGAAAUAUCAUUAAUCAAUUCUAGAAUGCCAAGUGAUUGUCAAGAGGCAGAAAUGAAAGUCGAUGAAGACAGCAAACUAUAUAAGGUAAGUUAUUUAGUCUCUAGACAUGGCUCAUCUAAAUGA